UGAUGAUAAUGGAGGAAUUACUAAAGAUGGAUUGAGGUUGAAGAAGAAAGAGAAAAGAAGAGGAGGAGUUAGGUGGAGUUGAAAAAAAACAGUUGAGAAUACGGAAGGAGUGGCUUGCAUAUCGGCAAAUCUCCCUCCCAAAAUCACUGUCUCAAAACAACAGAAAUUUAAAAAUGGUCAAGCAAAUUGGACCCUGUCAAAAACUAAAGUUUUAACUAACAAAAUCCUUUAUCUAUUUCGUUUCAUUCUCUAAAUCUGUCAAAAUCGACCUGGCUGUCCAUUUUCCCUAGCUGUUUUUUAGAUACUGCCAUUACUGAGAUUUAUUUGGUCGUAUAUAUCCCUCUCUCUUUCUCUCUCUUUCUGCUAUACUUUCUAUUGUCAGUAGUUGUAGGUCUGUUUGGUGAGGCAUCAGUUUGAUAUCUCGAAAAUUGAUCUCUUUGCGAUCUUGCUGUCUAUCAUUUAACCAUUUUGAACGAUUCAAUAAUGGCUGAUACCAUGUCUGGACCUCUUGACCGACCCAUCAAAACGGGCCAAGAAAAGGCUGAACAUGAAUUCUCCGAGGAUGAGAGGAAGACUCGACUUGGUUCCCUGAAGAAGGCAGCAAUUAGCGCCUCCACCAAGUUUAGGCAUUCGUUGACAAAGAAAGGCCGCAGAAACAGUAAAGUUAUGUCUGUUGCCAUCGAAGAUAAUCUUGAUGCUGAGGAAAUGAAGGCGGUUGAUGCGUUUCGCCAGGCACUUAUCUUGGACGAACUACUUCCAUCGAAACAUGACGAUCACCACCUGAUGCUAAGAUUUUUAAGGGCCAGGAAAUUUGACAUUGAGAAAACAAAGCAAAUGUGGUCCGAUAUGCUCCAGUGGAGAAAAGAAUUUGGUGCUGACACAAUCAUGGAGGACUUUGAUUUCAAGGAAAUUGAUGAAGUUUUAAAGUACUAUCCACAAGGGCAUCAUGGAGUUGACAAAGAUGGACGCCCUGUUUACAUUGAGUCCUUGGGUCAAGUUGAUUCCACCAAGCUGAUGCAGGUCACAACAAUGGAUCGUUAUGUGAAGUAUCAUGUGAGGGAGUUCGAGAGGACUUUCGUUUACAAGUUUCCUUCAUGUUCAAUUGCAGCAAAGAAACACAUUGAUCAGAGCACAACUAUUCUGGAUGUGCAAGGAGUGGGACUUAAAAACUUCAACAAAGCUGCAAGGGAACUGGUUCAGCGUCUGCAGAAGAUUGAUGGUGACAAUUACCCUGAGACCUUGAACCGCAUGUUCAUCAUUAAUGCCGGCUCUGGAUUCAGGCUCUUAUGGAACACUGUUAAAUCAUUCCUUGAUCCCAAGACCACGGCAAAAAUCCAUGUUCUGGGAAACAAAUACCAAUCCAAAUUGCUUGAAAUAAUUGAUGCCAGUGAGCUGCCGGAGUUUCUGGGUGGCACUUGUACUUGUGCUGACAAAGGUGGAUGUAUGCGAUCCGAUAAGGGUCCAUGGAAUGAUCCAGAUAUAAUCAAGAUGGUUCAAAAUGGUGAAGCCAAAUGCACAAGGAAAGUUCUGUCAAACAUUGAGGAGAAGACAAUUGUAGAAGACGAUCUAGCGGAAGUUAAGGAAACUGUUUCAACAGUGGAGCAUAUGGAGCAUCCGGAUCCAUCUCCUCGUCUAAGAUCUUCCAUGAACAAGAAGUUCAAUGAUGUCUAUCAGUUUAAUGAUAGAGUUCCAGUUGUCAACAGGAGUGUUGAUGCUUCUUGGCUCAACCCAAGCCAAGAUGAUAACUUCACCAUCCCCAGAGAUUGUUUCGCAGUGAAAGGUGGAUGCAAGAAUCCUGAGGGAGUAAGCAACCACCUCCUCGGUGGGCUGAUGGCAGUGGUUAUGGGUAUAGUCACCAUGGUUCGCUUAACGCGAAACAUGCCACGAAAAAUCACAGAGGCGUCACUCUAUAGCGGCGGAGAUUACUACACUGAGACAAUGAUUAAAAGCCAUCAUGUCCAGAAGUUGCCACCCCACUCCGUUUCAGGUACAGAAUUCCAUUUGAUGAUGAAGCGCAUGGCUGAACUAGAGGAAAGGGUGAACAUUCUCACCAUGAAGCCUGUCACCAUGCCACCGGAGAAAGAAGAGAUGUUGAAUGCUGCAGUAAACCGGGUAAACACCCUGGAGCAAGAGCUAGCAGCCACCAAGAAGGCGCUCGAGGAUUCUCUUGCUCAACAACAAGAGCUGGUGGCAUACCUUGAAAAGAAAAAGAAGAAGAAGAAGAGUCUUUCACUGGUGAGGUGGUUUUGUUGAAAGCUCUAAUGUUUCUGAAGAUUAGUUUCAAAAGCCCUCCUUGUAAACAGUUUGCCAUUUGUGUAUAUGUUGAAAGUUAAAGGUCCCUUUGCUCACUUCAUGUAGUGCAAA